AUGACUGCAACUUUUUCUUCUCCCACCUUCCUUUUCUCUCUCCAUCCCCCUUCGCCUUCUCUAUCCCUCUGGACCGACUCCCGCCACUGCAGCGGCUCUAACCGCCUGCGAAUCACGUGCAACGCUGCUUCGCCUGGCUCGCAACCCGCAGAAGACCCCUACCAGGUGCUGGGUGUGCGCCCCCUGGACUCGUUCGACGCCAUCAAGGUGGCGCACAGGAAGAAGCUGCGGGACGCGGAGGGCAAGGGGGACGAGGCGGAGAUAGAGCGGAUCGACAGGGCAUACGAUGCCAUCAUGAUGCGCCAGCUCACCAUGCGCAAGAAGGGAGUGACAUAUGGCUCUCUCGAGGUCUCGAAAGACAUCAAGUUUGCCGACCAGACGGAAUUUCUCCCGUGGCUGCCGCGCUACGAGAAGGCUGACAACAAGGGCAUUCUCAUCAAUGCUGCUGUCUCUGCUGUCAUGGCGGUGUGGAUGGUGGGGGCGCAGAGCACAGAUUGGAAGAUCCUGCAGUUCCUCCUCUCCUUCUACAUCUUCCAGCUCUUCAUGAAGCUCGACCCCUUCUACCCGCAAAACACUGAGGAAGGGGAGAAGAGAUGGCAGAGGAACGGGCGGCGACUCACACGGGCACUUAGCCUUGUCUUUGGCGUCAUUGCUCUUGCCUCUUUGGUUCACACUCUCCUGAUUAAGGCCUACUCGCUUGCUGGGAUGUAUGUUCCACGUGCACUUUACACCUUCCAGGGAGGGGGAACUAUGGCGGAGGCAUCAGAGCGCGCACCGGGGAACCCGUGGCUGCACGUGCGACGAGAACCGUUCGAUUUCGGCCUCCUGCCUAUCCCCGCGAUCGCAUCGUACAAGGAAGCGUCCACUGAAACCCUAAAGCUCCUCCGUCAGCGCCUCAUCGACGCGUCUUUAAACUCCGAAGGCGCCUCGACCACCUCCCCGACUCGCGACGGCUCGCAAGAGCCACGUGUCACAUGCGAGGCGAUAGAAUCGUGCCUCAAGCUCUCUAAAGACCAAGCGCGGCUCGUUCUAGACACGCUAGCGUCCGUUCUCCCCACCGGCAGCGAAGAUAUCGACUCGCUGUCCGACGCGUCGCCGUCAGAUGCGGCGAAGAUCGGAACUGACGUGGACCUCCUGCUGCUCUUCCUCUUCCUCCAGCGGUAUCGCCGCGUUCCCAACCGCUCGUCCCGCGACGCUGCCGUUCUCGCGGACGUGUGGCCGCAGGGGCCGUCGCCGUUCGACUCUGUCUCCCCCACCGCGACCUCCGCCCUCCAGAUAAAGACAAGCCUGGCCACCCGGCAGCGGUUCCAAACGGGGCACGCGGAGGAGGAGCAGCAGCAGCUGUCGUUUCUGCAGAAGAACCUGCCCGCCGUGUUACAGCUGCUGGCGGAACAUGGCUCUGAUGCUGCUGGUAGUGGUGACGGCACGGAACCGGGCACACAGGUGAUCUCUAUCGACAAGUUCGAGCUGCUGGGUCUCUUCCUUCGGGUCAACCGACCCGGAGUCGCCUCCCUCCUCCUCUCGCAAGUCGCCCCUUUCUUUGCCGAAGCUGACGCUGCCAUGCCUCCCGCGCCCGUACCUCUCUCCGUGGCGCAAGACUGGCUCGGCCCGAGGCUCUGCUGCACGUCCGACCACGGCCCGGACCUAAGGCCGCAGUCCCCCUCCCGCCCCGCCAAGGUCCCCGCGGAUAGGGGCGGAGAUACCGCCGCCUCCCCCACCAAAAGCGGAGAUACGCCCAUGGGGGAAGGGGGAGCAGUUGCGGGGAGCGGGGCAGGCGCAGGGCCGGAGGUUCAGGGAUCGCCUAGAGGGGCCGCGGCCAAUGGGGCGAUGACAGGUGGCGUGCUGUCGCGGCGUGUGUGGGUGGCGGCAGGGAUGACGACCGUUGAUGGGGUUGCAAAGAUGUCGGUGCUCAAGGGAGAGACGGAGGUGGACAGUAGCUGUGUGCGGGUGGCGCACUGUCACGACAGUGUGAUCUACGUGCUCGCUCCUCUCAAGUACGCCUCCGUUAUUGGCUGCUCCGAUUCCAUUGUGGUGCUGGGCGCCGUGGGCAAGGUGAAAGGGAGGAGGGGUGUGUUGCGUGUUGCAUACCGUCCUUUUGCCAACACCAGCGCUGUUGUUGGCUGCUCCGACUCUUUUGUGGUGCUGGGCGCUGUGGGCAAGGUGGUGCGGGUGGAAGCCUGUGAGCGGCUCACCCUCAUCGCCCCGUGUGCGCGCAUCCGCAUAGCCAACUGCCGCGAGUGCGUGUUCUACCUCGGCUGCAACUCCCGCCCCGUCAUUCUCGGAGACAAUCCCUCGCUGCAGAUCGCCCCUUACAACACCUUCAACCCCUCCCUGCCUCCCUGCCUGCCUGCCUGCCUGCCUCCCUCCCUCCCUCCCUCCCUCCCUCCCUCCCUCCCUCCCUCCCUCCCUCCCUCCCUCCCUCCCUCCCUCCCUCCCUCCCUCCCUCCUUCCUUCCCUCCCUUUCCCCCCCUCCUCACUCCUUCCCUCUCUUCUCCAGGUGGUGCGGGUCGAAGCCUAUCGCCCCUUACAACACCUUCAACCCCUCCCUGCCUCCCUGCCUGCCUGCCUGCCUGCCUCCCUCCCUCCCUCCCUCCCUCCCUCCCUCCCUCCCUCCCUCCCUCCCUCCCUCCCUCCCUCCCUCCCUCCCUCCCUCCCUCCCUCCCUCCCUCCCUCACUCCCUCCCUCCCUCCCUCCCUCCCUCCCUCCCUCCCUCCUUCCUUCCCUCCCUUUCCCCCCCUCCUCACUCCUUCCCUCUCUUCUCCAGGUGGUGCGGGUCGAAGCCUAUCGCCCCUUACAACACCUUCAACCCCUCCCUCCCUGCCUCCCUGCCUGCCUGCCUGCCUGCCUGCCUGCCUCCCUCCCUCCCUCCCUCCCUCCCUCCCUCCCUCCCUCCCUCCCUCCCUCCCUCCCUCCCUCCCUCCCUCCCUCCCUCCCUCCCUCCCUCCCUCCCUCCCUCCCUCCCUCCUUCCUUCCCUCCCUUUCCCCCCCUCCUCACUCCUUCCCUCUCUUCUCCAGGUGGUGCGGGUCGAAGCCUGUGAGCGAUUAACCCUCAUCGCCCCCUGCGCUCGCAUCCGCAUAGCCAACUGCCGCGAGUGCGUGUUCUACCUCGGCUGCAACUCCCGCCCCGUCAUUCUCGGAGACAACCACUCGCUUCAGAUCGCCCCUUACAACACCUUCUACCCCCGCCUCGAUUACCACCUCGCAAAGGUCGGGGUGGACCCGGCUGUUAACAAAUGGGACCUGCCGUUAGCGCUGGGAUCGCUAGACGCUGCUGCUGCCGCUGGUGCUGCCGGUGCUGGCACUGCUGCUGGUGGCGUCAGUGGUGCUGGUGGUUCGGCUGGUGCGGGUGGUGGGGCGGGAGGAGCGGAAGGGGAGGGAGCGAAGGAGGGGGCGGCGGCGGCGGCGGCGCUUGAUUCGGCGAUUCUGAUGCCUCCUGAGAAGUUUGUGCCGUUUGUGGUUCCGUUUCGGACGCAGCAGGAGCAGCCAGGCGGAGGAGGGGGUGCCAGUCCGCUGCUGCAGCAAGCCACGCGGGCCAACCCGUUUGCUCUCCCCAAGACGUAUCUCAUCGCGCUGCAGCACAAGGUGUGUGGCUGGGUGCCCUUUGUGUUUAGGUACUGGUACAGACACGUCUCACCACUGCAGCAGGCCACACGGGCCAACCCGUUUGCUCUGCCCAAGACGUACCUCAUUGCGCUGCAGCACAAGAUUAAGAGGGUGGAGAGUCUGAGGCAGACGCUCAAGACAGCGACCAAGACGGUGGAGAGUCUGAGGCAGACGCUCAAGACAGCAGUGCUGGACGAGGGGCGGAAGAGCGCUCUGAUCAGCCAAAUGACCAAGACGGUGGAGAGUCUGAGGCAGACGCUCAAGACAGCGGUGCUGGACGAGGGGCGGAAGAGGGAGCUCACGAACAACCUGUCCUCCAAGGCGUCUUUCUCCACCACCAAGGCGUCGUGCUUCGUGAAGCAGGUGUCUGCCAAGACCGUCUGCUCCGCGGAGAAGAAGGAGGAGAACGUUACCGAGCAGGCUGGCAAGAUCGCCUCUGCCCUCGCCCUUGCUGCCAUCGUCAGCACCGGUGCCUUGGCCGUUCCCGAGGUCGCACUCGCCGAUGUCGCUGGCCUUACCCCCUGCAAGGACUCCAAGGCCUUCGCUAAGCGCCAGAAGAACUCCAUCAAGAAGCUGAAGAACCGCCUCAAGCUCUACAAGGACGGCUCUGCUCCCGCUCUGGCUCUCAACGCCACCAUUGAGAGGACCGAGCGCCGGUUCUCUUUCUACGGCAAGUCCGGCCUGCUGUGCGGCACCGACGGUCUUCCCCACCUGAUCGUCGAUGGUGACUUCAGGCACGCGGGCGAGUUCGUGUCCCCCGGCAUCGUUUUCCUGUACAUUGCUGGCUGGAUCGGGUGGGUCGGCCGCUCUUACCUGAUCAAGACCAAGGAGGGAGCCAAGCCUACCGAGAAGGAGAUCAUCAUCGAUGUUCCCCUCGCUCUGAGCCUGCUCGGCCGUGGUGCUACCUGGCCCGUGGCUGCCUGGUCCGAGUACAGGAAGGGUGACCUGAUUGUGCCCGCUGACCAGAUCACCGUGUCCCCCCGUUAA